CGGUUGCUGUGCUCUCCAUCUCGGAUCCACCCAGCCCCCCACCCGCACCUCCCCACCCCACCACCCCACCCCACCCCACCCCGCCGCUCCGCCAUUGCAGGGGAGCCUCGCGCCGCGCCAAAUCCACCGCUGCCGCCGUUGAAACCCCGAGGGCCGGCCAGCCCGCUCGCCCUACAUACCGCCGCCACCGCCGCCGGCCCCUCACUCAGGGCCCCGUCUGAGAAGACGCGCGAGGCGACGGGAGGGCGGCCGCGGCGCGAGAUGGAGACCGGGGAGGCGGCGGUGCCGCCCAGGGCGACCAGCGGGCGGAGGUACAAGGCGGUCAUGCCGUGGCGCUUCCAGCGCGCCUUCGUCAGGAACCGGGCCAGGAGCACCGCCACCGCCGCCGCCGCCGCCGCCGCGCCCAGGGGCGGCGGCGGGGCGGCGGCGGGCGGUUCUGGCGCCAAGCGUCCCAGAUCGGAGUCCGUGGCGGCGAGCGGCGGCCGUAGCGCGGGAGAUACGGCGGAUAUCAUGUCGAAGAGGAGAAUCUCGCGCAUUGAGACCAUGAAGAAGCGCCAUGGGGAGUGCAGCGCCGGUGCUGGACAGGAUAGCCAGCUGAAGAGAAGCACACGCAGUGCGACCAAGAACUCCGGUGCUGAAAUUGAUUGCCCAUUGAGAAGAGGCACACGCAGUGGGCCUGCCAAGAGCUCCCAUGGGGUUAAAAUACAGAAAGGUGCCUGCAGCGGUGCCGGAAAGGAUUUUCAAUCGAAGAGAGACACACGCAGCACGGCUGUGAACAUCUCCCAUGCUGUUAAAAUGGAGAACGAGUCUCCUACCGGUGCUGAAAAGGGUUUCCAAAUAAAGAGAGGCACACACAUAAUGAGCACGAGGAGCUCCAAUGGGGAGAAAAUGGAGAACAAUGCUCGCACAGGUGCCGAAACGGAGUGUCGUUUGGGCAAGUCCAGCGACAAUAUUAUGGGUGAUGGGUUGGCCAGCGCGUCUGGAGGAGAUUGCUGUUUUCAGGGGCCGGACUGCAACGGUGUCGUGAGAGAUGAACUUGUCCAGAAUUUUGGGACUGGCGGCAGCGUUGGUGCUGGUGAUGGGGCAGCUUGCGUCCCGGAGGGGAUUCAGAGUAAUGUAGGAGCUGGGAACUGUGAGUCUAAGGGUUCGAAGAAGUCCCGUGUGACCGGGAACGGGUUAAAGAGCAACGUUUCUUCUGCUGCAGAUCAUGUGCUGGAGCAGCCGGAGGGAAAAGGUGCUAGCACGGAAAAUGGGGCUUCCAAGGAGAGUGAUGUAGCAGCCAAAAGGUGCAGCUCUGCAGUUCCUCGAAGCAAUGCUAAUGACCCAAAUUGCCGCAGAGGGCGGAAAGCAAUUGUGCCAUGGAGGUUCCAGGUUGGGUACAAGCGGUCAUUCUCGAAAGCUUUCUGCUCCAAUGGUGGAUCUCUCAAAACUCCGGAGUACAGGGCUCAGGGCAGCUCAACACAGUGCACUCCAGGAACUAGAAGUACUGUGAGGUGUUAUGCUACCCCCCUUUCAAAUGUUAGAGUUUCGGCCGUGCGGGGUUUCUCCUCAGGGAAAGGUGAGAAGGACACCCGAACAGCAUAUAAAAAGGUGAAAGUUGAGAAGGAUGAUAAUCAGGGAAUGCCAAAAAAUGGAGUUGCCCUUGCUAGGGAGAACGUCAUCAGGUCUUUGCGGGAUUUCCGCUUAAUUUACAAGGAUCUUGUGAAUAAACUUGAAGACAGGCCACGGGAAGGAGGAGCCGAUCUGCAAGCUUAUAAAAUCUUCAGGGAGAGGUGCCCUGCACAGUGUAAUGACGAGAGUUAUGUUGGCCAUGUGCCCGGAACCCAUGUUGGUGAUAUCUUUCGUGCAAGGGUUGAGCUUUGUGUUAUUGGUCUUCAUCGCCCGCACCGUUUAGGGAUUGAUCAUAUCAAGAAGGAGGAUGGUACUUGUAUAGCUGUUAGCAUUGUGGCAUAUGCAAAUAUUUCUCAUGUCAAGAAUAAUUUUGAUGCCUUGGUGUAUUCUGGAUCAAGGACAGCUACAAUGAAUCAGAAGAUAGAGGGUCCAAAUCUUGCACUGAAGAAGAGCAUGGAUACCAAAACACCAGUCCGUGUUAUCCAUGCUUUCACCAUUAAUGCUAAGAAGAACAGCCAGCGGAAGAGUAUUCUCGUGUAUGGGGGUUUAUAUCUAGUUGAGAAAUACUGGAGGGAGAAAGAAAGCGAAGAUCGUUAUGUUUAUAUGUUCCGAAUGAGAAGAAUGGCAGGUCAGAAACACAUUGACAUUGAGGCAAUUAUGAAAUCAGGACAGGCUGAGCCAUAUGAUGGUGUCAUAAUGAAAGAUAUAUCCCAAGGGUUGGAGAGGAUCCCAAUAUCUGUUUUGAACUCAAUAUCUGAUGAGCAUCCAGUGCCCUAUAUCUACAUGUCUCGCCUGAAAUACCCCCCUAACUAUCAGCCAGCUCCUCCAGCAGGCUGUGCUUGUGUAGGCGGGUGCUCGGACUCUAAACUGUGUGCCUGUGCAGUGAAAAAUGGUGGGGAGAUUCCUUUCAAUGAUAUGGGCCGUAUCAUUGAAGCGAAACCUCUAGUUUAUGAGUGUGGACCUUCUUGCAAGUGUCCUCCUACAUGUCAUAACAGAGUCGGCCAGAAAGGCAUCAAAUUUCGGCUGCAAGUCUUCAAGACCAAAUCGAUGGGUUGGGGUGUGAAAACUCUUGACUAUAUACCAUCUGGAAGCUUCGUCUGUGAAUACAUUGGGGAAGUGCUGGAUGAUGAAGAGGCACAGAAAAGGAUGACUGAUGAGUACCUAUUUGCUAUAGGGCAUAAUUAUUAUGAUGAAACUCUUUGGGAGGGCCUAUCAAGAUCUAUACCCUCGCUUCAGAAUGGUCCGGGUAAUGAUGAAGAAGCUGGUUUUGCUGUUGAUGCGUCAAAGAUGGGGAACUUUGCAAAAUUUAUUAACCAUAGCUGCACCCCCAACCUCUAUGCACAGAAUGCCCUCUAUGAUCAUGAUGACAAGAGUGCUCCUCAUAUCAUGUUCUUUGCCUGCGAAAAUAUUCCACCUGGUCAAGAGCUAGUAUACCACUACAACUAUGCCAUAGAUCAGGUUUAUGAUGAGAAUGGUAACAUCAAGAAGAAGAAAUGCCUUUGUGGCUCUACGGAGUGCGAUGGCUGGUUGUAUUAGGUUUAGACUGUGAUGCCUUUGUGGCUCUGUUGAAGUGCUAUUUCAUUGUCAUUAAUUCAUCUAACUUUUUCAGUGUCCAAUUAAUAUCAUCAUUUAUGUUUCUCUUC